AUGUCAUUAUCUAUGGGUUUGUUUUCACGCCGAAAAAACUCUGAGGACAGGACCUUGAGAGCGGCGUUAUCGUCACACCAUGCGAGCUCCUCGCCUUCCCCGAAUAUCGCUACCACCUCCCCCUCCGCGCGCGGUGGAUGCUCACCUCUUCCGCUGCCCCCGCACUCUGCUCCACCGACCCAUUCGAAAAAGUCAAGGCUCCUCACCAAGGCCCAUCCGAUAAGGGUACCCGGGUACACGGCCGGUACUGGGGGGAUUGUCUCCGCGCCGCAUCUCACAAGAGCAAGAACUACAAACUUCAACUCACUUACCUCGGCCCCGCAGCAGCACCACCACCACCAGAGGCAGCCCUCCAUACCGGGCUUAACAAGAGCCAAUAGCGACGCUAGUGGGUCAUGGCGGGCACGGCCGUUGGAUCAGCGGGCGCCGCAACCGGGUUCUCGUAUGGAAGGGUUUCCGAAUAUCGAUCUUUUGAGCUUUCCAUGCCCACCCUCGCCGUAUUUACCCCAGAGCAUUCCGUUGCCGAAUUCGCCCGAGGCGCUUCGGAAUCGCUGCGGCUCCGGUUCUGGCCCUGGUUCUUCGACCCCUGGGCUUCCCCUAUCGGCUAUAGGGAUGGAUUGCGGGAGCCAUUCGAGUCAUGGGUUUUAUGGUUCUCCUGUGAGCGGAUAUCCGAUUAGCCCUCCCUUAUCACCUGAGAGUCCGCUGGGGACACCGCCGGGCGGGUUUGAUGAGAAUGUACACAAGUCGGAGGGGGAGCUGGUCAUGGAGAUUGCUGGGUUGAAGAAGGUAUGACUUGGUUAUGCACUUUAUGCAGAACGAAAACGUGGCGUUAUUAAUGCAUUAUUAACGCAUCGUGAUAUAGGCGAUUAGCACGAGAGACCAUGUGAUUGCCCGCUACGCUGCCAAUUUCAAUAUCGGUGAGAUUAACGAUGCUGUCUCCGGGACGGAGAAGUCUGAGGUUUAUAUCCUUCCUCGAAAAACUGGUCUGGUUGCACUUUUUCUAAUCAUCGUAGGGUCAAUGUGUGAAUCAAAUAUUGGCCCACCGAAUUCACGACCUGGAGAUGGCAAAUUUGGAGAAGGAUAAUGAGAUUACCCAGGCGGCGCGAAAGAUGAAUGGUCUACGAGAAGCGCAGAACGCGGAGUUGGGCUCUCUGCGAGAAGCCCACGCUCGUGAGGUGCAGACUCUGCGGAGCGCCCUCGAGCGGUUGGAAACCCCUGGCGGGGUUGGGCUAGGAGACUUGGAAGAUUUGGACCGCUAUCAGCGCCGGGAAUCUGAACUAGUGGAUGUUGUGAAUGGAAAAGAGAAGGAGCUUGAGCUGCUUCGGUCCAAUGCUAAUACUCUCAGGGAGCGAGUUUCCGUUUUGGAGAAAUCUGCCACCGAGAGGGAUCAUGAACUUGAGAGUGCGCGGCGGCAGAUCUAUGCCAUGGGCGAGGAUCGGAUCUUAAUCGGCGGAAAGCCGGCAUUAGUGGCUAUUUCGGAGAUGGGGCUCGCAGAUACUAGCAGGAGAUUAAUGGAUGAGAUAAGGAGGAGGGAAAAAGCUGAGAGGAAACUGGCCGAGUCGACAAUGAAGUCUCGACCGGAUCACGGUGCCCUUCUGCUAGGGGAGCGGAGGAGGAGGGAAGAGAUCCAUACAAAUACUUGGAGGGAAAUGGAGCAUAAACUGGCACAGGAGGAGCUCAAGAGUCAUGAAGCUCGAAGGAAAGCAAAGGAAAGCAUCGAUUACGUGCUUGCCGGAGAGGAGAAGCGACGAGCGGAACUUAGCCGGCAGUUCAACGAAAAGCUUGAGGCGCUAAGGCAAGAGAAGGAAGUAUAUGAGAACCGGGUAACGAGGAUGGAGAUAGAGCUUGAACAGGCCAAACAAUCCAUCACAACGCAGCGAGAGGGGAAUGAAUCACUCAUCGAAAUGACCACGAAAAUCAAUAUCCGGCUAGGCGAGGAAAAGAAGAAGAACAGUCAAUUGGAGGCCAAGAUUGGCCAGGUUACGGAAGACGCACUGAAUAGUGUUUCUGGAUCGAAGCGCACAUGUCAGGAUUUGAGGAAUGCAGUCGAGGAUCGUGGGAUCCGUAUAGCAUUCUUGGAAUCCGAGGUUGUAGCUUUGAAACGGGAGAAGUCGGCAAUCGAAGAAGCAUGGCACUUGUUGGAGUCUGAGCUGGAGGGUCACUUGGCCACAUUAGCGGAACGUGAUGAGCGUAUUAAGGACCUCGAAACCGAGAACGGCAAUAUUCGCGAUCGCCUGGACGAGUGCCAGCACGAUCUGGAAGAAGCGCGCAAGGACUCACCCGACCGGCCAGUCCUCGGCGAUUCAGAUAGUGAGACCAAGCGAGAACUCGACAACAUACAACAAGAUCUGGAGCUCUAUAAGCAGGACGUCAAAGCUUACAGACGCGACGUUAAAAAGCGCGACGCCCAGAUCCGCGACCUAAACCGCACAGUGGCAGACCUCGAAAGUCUCCUCGACCGCAAGCCCCCGCCCCUAUCCCCGUUUCCGUUACCUCCCUCAGCGACCCUAGCCCCAACAUCCCGCUCCUCAACCCCAACGACCGCGGGCCUGGUGGAAGAAAUCGCCACACUAAAGGACAAACUUCGCGUCUACGACCAGGAGUACCGAAAUACGUACGAAGACCGCGAAUCCUUGCGCAAAAAGCACGCUGCCGUGACGGCCCAGCAAAACAUGAUAAUCACGGAUCUCGGCUCCACAAUCCUGAAGCUGCGAAAGGAAAAGGAAGCUACGGAGAAGGUGAUGAAAAGAAUGCAAGCCAACUUCUUACAGCUAUCGCAAAGCGCUACAGUCGGCACCUUGGCUGUCAUCAAGAAAUACCAGGAAGUCCCGCUGCCACCGCUACCGGAUGGCGCUCCAUUAUCCCCCGGAUCUCCGACCUCACCUAGUUUACCGGUCCGACGCGGCUCGCGAAGGAAGGAUAAGAGGCGGAGUGCUAGCAUGGGAAGUCCGGUUGUUGGAAGCGUGGACGGGGGCGAGGAGAAGGAGAAGGAGAAGGAGAAGGAGAAGGAGAAGGAGAAGGAGCGUAGGGAUAAGGCUUUGAGUGUGGUUAAUGAGCCGGACGGGGCACUGGGGGAGGAGGAGGUUAUUGAGUGGUAA